AUGCUAUCGCAGAUAUGUACCCACAUUAAAUCAUGGUGGCAACAGACACCUUUGCCAACAACCACGGCAACGUCUAGUUUCCAAAAAUGGCACGACUUUAAUCAAGGACUGUGGAUUCCAUUUGUGAAUGACAAAACUUCUCGGCCUGGCACCAGACAUCGAUGGGCGGGCUCGUUCCGCCUUGUGACCUGGAACGUAAAUGCAGAUGCACCGUUACCGAAGGUUCGUAUAUCUGCAUUACUGCAGGUCAUCAAGGAUAUGGGAGCUGCAGAUGUUGUUUUCCUGCAAGAGGUAUCAAGGGAAUCGCUAGCAGCACUUCUCGAAGAUCUUUGGAUACAGCAAAAUUGGUACAUAAGCGAUGUCAAUUUCUCCGCCUUUGGAAACCAAAAGUUUAUCAGCAUCAGUUUGGUGUCAAAGCUUUGGGUAGCCACGAAUGGUAUCAUGCUAGGUGCCAUCUGGAGGGUUUCGUUACCUAGUCGCUUUGAACGAGACGCCCUAUGCUGCGAUCUGAUUCUGAACUCCUCGAGCAAGCACACCUCUGGUAGAAGUUCCCUCCGGAUUCGACUUGUUAAUGUCCACUUGGAUUCGUUACCAAUCAACCCGUCACUAAGGCCACACCAGCUCUCUAUCUGCGCAUCGUACCUCAGCGCAGCUGGCCGUGGGAUCAUUGCCGGCGACUUCAAUCCCGUUCUCCCGGAAGACGACGACCUUCUCCGCACCAACGAUCUUACCGAUGCGUGGGUACGCCUUCGCCCAAAAGAUCUAGGCCACACUUGGGGUGUAUAUGGCGAACAGUCUUUCCCGCCGAACCGAUUAGACAAAGUUGCUCUGUUUCAACUUACCCCUUCCGGCGUGGGCAUCCUGCAAACGAGCGAAGUAGAAUUCUGUGGCGAAAAGACUUUGAUUGAUGUAACGGGGUUGGGUUUGAAAGCGCAUUUUAGCGAUCACUUUGGUCUUUGGUGUGACGUUGGAUGGGCAGAAGACCGACCAUAA